UAAAAUUAGAGUCUAGAUCUUAAGUUGUUGCAUGUAACUUUUGCUACCCCAUCUAAACUGGAAACGGGCUGGGCUGCCAGCCCCCGCCCAGCUUCUCUUGAGUCCACGGAUAAAGACACAGACACACGUUGUUCGUUUUCAGCUUGCCAUCUUGGCACAAUUGCUGGGCAUCAUUAAAGAGGCCAUCGUGCCCUUAUCAAUGCUCCCAGCUCCGCACCUCCCACCUGCCAUAAACUUGAGUUGUUCAGUUACAUCUGGUCCCAGCUAGACGCCCCACAAGACUGCCCACCUGUAGGAGGGACCUGUGUGGCCACCGUUUCAAGAUCUCACACGACUGGCCAACUUUUCUCCCUCAGAAGCCAAACUCUCUCCUUCCUUGCAUCUCUCUGCUCGCCUCCAGGGCCCAGAAGUCCCGCCUUUUUCCUCUACUCAACCAUUGGCCCAUGGCUUCUUUACUGACAGAUCAAGAACUAAUUGGUGAACAGGACCUUAGCAUCAGAACCGCCCUACAUUAUGUGACAGACUUUUUCUGAGGAAACAUCUACUCACCCCAGAAUGGGGUGGUCCAAUAAGUUUUUCUUGUUACUAACAAGAGCAUGAGUGAGAGGUCACAGGAGCGCAAGACUGAGAGGCUGCUGAAAGCCUCCCCCUCCCCCACAACUCAGACAGCCCUACAGGUCUGAGAUUCUCCUGAGCACUUGGCUGGUCAGUCUCCAUCUCCGAGAGCUACUUACUUUUUCUGUAAAGCUCUGAAGGGUCCUUUAGAAUCUUGCAAGUUUCCACUUUGCCUCCCCAUCCCUCCUGAAGAGAAUGUUUCCAUUCGAGCAAACCUUUUCCCGACAGAUCUUUUGGUAGUCCAUUUGUGAGGGUGCUGGCUCCAUCAGAUCGGCACACUUCCCCUUUCCCAUCUGCGUGCCCGACUCAGGAGCGGGUGGGGCUUGGCUCUAGCAGAAGGAAGGACUCUAGAGGACCUUUCUGUGUGAGGAAGCUGCGGUGUCUGGUCAGCUGGAGCUGAAGAAUCAGCCAUGAUUAACGAGACAAAAACCACUAACGGAGAACCUUUGUUUACUGGGGCAUUUGAUGCUGGUCAGCUGGAGCUGAGCAAUUGGAGAGGAUUAGGAAGAGACCAGCCUCCAGCCUCGCUGAGUGACCGCAGGUUAAGCUCUGGAAUGUGCUCGGAAUGAUGGAUGACAAGGAUCUAGAAGCUGAAAUACAUCCCUUGAAGAAUGAGGACAAAAAGUCACAGGAAAACCUAGGAAACCUACCAAAGACCGAGGACAACUUGAAGAACAAGCCUGUGCCUUCUCGCUUGUCCCGGUGUCGCACGGUGGCAUUUUUCCUUUCCCUGUUCAUCUGUCUCUUUGUGGUGUUUGUCCUCUCUUUCAUCAUCCCAUGCCCAGACCGACCGUCCUCUGAGGACAAGUGGAGGCUGGACUACGACUAUGCAGUCACGUACGACUUUCUGGCUCUGGGAGACGUAGACAGGGACGAGGUUCAGGACGUUCUCUUUCUUUAUAAAAACACCAACAGCAGUAACAAUUCCACCAGGUCCUGUGCUGACGAAGGCUUUUCCACUCCCUGCACCUUUAUGGCUGCUGUGUCAGGGACCAACGGUACCGUGCUCUGGGAGCGGCCUUUGGCCCAAGAUGUUGCCCAUGUAAAGUGUGCCGUGCCACAGACACGGGACAGCAAGGUGUCUUCUGCCUGUGUCCUGGUGGGAAGACUUGGUUCUUUCAUGGCAGUCAACUUCUUCACAGGAGAAACGCUGUGGAGCCAUCCCAGAAGCUUUAGUGGGAAUGCGUCCAUCUUGAGUCCUCUGCUCCAGGUGCCUGACAUCGACGGUGACGGUGCUCCAGACCUGCUGAUGCUCUCCCGGGAGGGACAGGAGGUCAGUGGCGCUCUCUAUUCAGGUAGCACUGGGUACCAGAUUGGCCACAGAGGCAGCCUUGGUGUGGAUGGAGAUGGUGUCGCCCUCCUUCACGUGACCAGAACGGGUGCUCAGUAUAUUCUCCUGCCCUGUGCAAGUGCCCUCUGUGGCGUCUCUGUGAAGGGUCUCUAUAAGAGAAUUACUGGGAGAGAUGACCAUUUUAAGGAAGACCCCUCCUGGGAGAACAUGCUCAAUCGCUCUGCUCACAGGAGGCUUUUGCACAGCUCUGGAGCAGUUCGAUACCUGAUGAAUGUCCCAGGGAAAACUGGCCAGGACUUGCUUCUUGUGAGCUCUGAGGACUGUAAGCUGCUGGAUGGACAAGAUCUGGUGCCCAGGUGGACUCUUGGUGCAACUCAGGUUCUGAGAAAACCUAUCCUUGGCCACUACAAACCAGACACCUUGGCUGUGGUAAUUGAAAAUGGAACCAGCCUUGAUAGACAGAUCCUCCUUCUGGACCUCAGCACUGGGUCUAUGCUGUGGAGCCAGCCCCUCCCAAGCCUUCCUGGGGCCCCACCAUCCACAAGCCUGAUGACUGCAGACCACCGCUCAGCCUUCUUCUUCUGGGGCCUCCAUGACCCUGUGAGCGCUAAUGAGAUGGAUCCCCAGGACACGCAGCACAGCCUGUAUAUGUUCCACCCGACCCUGCCCGGCAUCCUGCUGGAGCUAGCCAACGUGUCCGCCAACAUCGUGGCCUUUGAUGCGGUCCUGUUUGAGCCAAGCCGCCACGCUGCCUAUGUGCUCCUGACGGGCCCAGCAAGUUCAGAUGUGCCUGGCCUGGUCUCUCUGACCAAACACAGAGUGCGAGACCUUGUCCCAGGCAGUCGAGUGAUCCACUUGAGCGAAGGCAGCUCCGACAGUGACCAGGCUAUCCGGGACCGGUUCUCCCGACUACGGUACCGGAGUGAGGUGUAGGUGGUGUCAGCUGGAGCACAUGGAGAGACUCCAACUGUGAAAACGAAGCCUCUUGGAAAGUUGGCCUGCCUCAGCCUUCAUGCUGGCCUCACUGCUUGCCCUGGUGAUUCUGGCCCUCUGGGAGCUGUGGCCUUACCAGUUCUACCUAAGGAUAGUUCUACACCUCCAGCCUCCUGCCUAUACCAUGUCCUCCCUCAAAGGUCUCACUGUGUGGCCCAUCUGAUCUGGUCAAGUAGGACUCCCUGGGCCAGCUCGGGUGGGCACGUCAGCCCUGCAGGAGGCUCACUUGUCACUGACUGCCUCUGCACCCUCCCACAGGGAAAGCCACCUCUGGUGAGCUUCUCCCUGGGCCCUCAGUCCAGCCUGGCUUUCCUGUGUCUGCACUGUCUCUCAGGAGUCACGAAGCUCAGGGCCGUAACUGGAACCUGAGGCUCUGAAGUUGCUUCUCCAAAGCAGAAGGGAGCAUGUCUCCUGGGAAGUGAGCAACCGAGUCUGACUGGGCAGGAAGGACCCUGUCCUGGGCCUCCGGAUGCACUUGAGGGAUUUAGACUGCGCUAAGUCAGUCCCUCCCCUCAGUACACUGGACCUGCUGUCUGCACAAGUCCCUGCACCCUGGCACAGCAGGCACAUCCCCUCCCUACUCUCUGGUGCUUACCUGAUGAAGGUCUCACCUUGUGCCUUGUUGCUCCUGAAGCCCAAGGGCUGCAGAGCAGCUUUGCCCAGACCAGAUCUCUAGCUCUGUAGCCAAAGCCGUCCCAUGACCCCAGCCACCAUGGAAACCAACACAAUAAACGAUUUGCACUGAUGGGGAAAGUCCCAGUA